UGAGCUUACCGAAGCUUAUAGCAUGUAAAAGUAUGUCCAAAUCUUAACAAUAUUCUUGUUUGUUUGCUGAUACAAGUAACAUAUACUGGAAUACUGUACCACAAGUACUGGCAUCUCACCAAUUAAUCAUUUUCUGGUUUGUUUCUGAUCUGAGGAAAUCUGAAGAUCCACAAGGGACAAACUAAGAGCUGAACCAGUCAAUGAAAAUGAACUCUACCUAUGAAGAAGAUCUGUCCAAGACCAGCUGGAACACAUUCCCAGAUGGCAACAUGACACCAGCCUUAAAUGUGACUUUGGAUUGGAUGGGAGGACCAACUGGAAAGAUUAUAGAUCAAGCCAUUAACAUAAUUUCCUCCCUUGUUUUGUGCCUUACCAUGGUGUCUCUAGGAUGCACCAUGGAGCUAUCAAAAAUCAAGAGCCAUGUGUUGAAACCAAAGGGGGUGCUGAUUGCUAUGUUCGCCCAGUAUGGGAUCAUGCCCUUGACAGCUUUUGGACUCACCAAGCUCUUCAGGCUAUCUUCCAUCGAAUCACUGGCCGUUCUCAUCUGUGGUUGCUGUCCUGGUGGAACGCUCUCUAAUAUCUUGUCGCUAGCACUGGAUGGAGACAUGAACCUCAGUAUUGCGAUGACCACGUUUUCUACAGUGCUGGCCUUGGGAAUGAUGCCUCUGCUUCUCUACCUAUACUGUAAAGGCAUGUCAUUCAUUCAUAAGGUCCCAUAUAAAGGAAUCACCAUUACCCUGGCUUUAAUACUCAUUCCUUGUGGCUUUGGCAUCUUCCUCAAUUACAAGUUUCCGAAGCACUCAAAGACUAUUACUAAAGUUGGACUGCUAAUUGUCCUCCUCUUGGUCGUAAUAAUUGGUGUUCUAUCAGGGAUAUCAAAUAGGAUCUCUCUCUGGUCGCUCGUCUCCGCACAACUAAUGGGCACCUCAGCACUGAUGCCCAUGAUUGGAUACAGUUUAGGAUACAUCCUCUCAAGUUUAUUCAGGUUAUCUGAAAGAUGCAAACGAACAAUAUCUAUGGAAACUGGAUGCCAAAAUGUUCAACUGUGCACUACCAUCCUGAAAGUCACUUUUCCUCCCGAGGAUAUUGGCAUUCUUUACUUAUUUCCAUUAAUCUUUCUAUUAUUUCAAAUUACAGAAGCAUUUAUUUUCAUAGUAAUCUAUCGGGCCUAUGAAAGAAUAAAGAAAUCUGCUGGAAAAAUGUUCCAGUGUAUCUAUGUACCCGUCCAGAACACCGUGGAACACGUUACACUUUCUGAAUCCGAGAAUCCUAACUCUGCAAUGUUCUUUAACAAAACCGAGUCUUCCAUAAGGAUUCAUAGAAGACACAACCCCAAUAAACAGCUGAGCAGAACUCCCACCAUGCCAAUAACUUCAUUUUUAUGUUCUUCAAAGAAAUUUGGGCAUUGGAAGCAAGUAGAACUUCCAGUUUGUACUCUAACCAAGUUGUCCUGAAAGCAAUGGAGGCUGCAGGUAAACCUUAUGUGUGCAAGAUUUUUAAGCUCUGAAAUUUUUUUCAAAAGUAUAAAAAUGCAAGGUAUUAUUUUAGAUCAUUAGUAACUAAUUAAUUGCAUAAAAAUUCCAUUGGUAGUCAUAAAUGGGCAUCUGAUAGUAACUGAUUAACCAUGUCUAACA